CUCCGAAAAAAGGGGGGAGAGUGGAGAAAAAAAAUAGCAGAAUUUUGAGUUUCUACAUUCUUUUUUUUUUUUUCGUUGUUACUAGAAAACAAAAACAAUAAAGCUAGAAAUGAAAUGCCCUUCAUGUGCUAGUAUACAGAGGGCUAUUAUGGCCUUUGUCAAUGCAUCGCCAGUGAUAUUGUUACUCUUGAUAUUCAUAUGGAGUUAUUGGGCAUUCAACUUUAGUUUGUGUUAUAAUCUUGUUUCGGAAGGCCAUGGUGUACAAGGCUCCUUAUAUAUAUUAUUUUACCAUCCGUUAUUUAUUUUAUGCAUGUGGAGUUAUUGGGUUGUUUGCCGAACCUCACCGGGUUACACGCUUGAUAUGUACAAGAAGAGGGAUGAGGAAAGAGAUGAGGAUGUGGGUUUAUUGACCGACACUUUUGACAACAACGUCGAAGAGCAAGACAAACAAACGAUCGCAGUAUUAAAUAUCGAAGAAGAUCUGCAGCACAGUCCACUUCCGAUUACCGUAAAACGGGAUGGUGCCAGACGUUAUUGUCAAAAGUGUAAGCUCGAGAAAUUUGAUAGAACACAUCACUGCAGACAAUGUAAUCGAUGUGUAUUAAAGAUGGACCAUCAUUGUCCUUGGAUUAACAAUUGCGUAGGAUUUUAUAAUUACAAAUCGUUUUAUUUAUUCUUAGUGUAUGCAUCCAUGUACUGUGUAUUUGUGUUUGGUGCAAGUCUACCACCUACCUUAAUCCAGGCCAGUGGACCUAUGAGUAUUUUGGGUCUGAAUUUGAACUGUGCAUUAUUAGUGUUUAUCUCAGGUAUCUUUGGCUUGUUCCUUGUUCCAUUUACCAUUUUUCAUACACGUCAAUUAUGCAAGAAUAGAACAACAAUCGAGUACUAUGAAAAGGCUAAUUAUAGACUCGGAAAUAACAAUAACCGUGUUGACAUUAUGCGUAGUAAAUAUUUCAAUCCUUGGGAUUUAGGAACACGAAAGAAUGUUCAACAAGUGCUUGGUAAAGAUUUGAUCAGACGGUUUAUACCCAUUGGUAAAGCUGUAGGUGAUGGUUCUUCUUUUCCAAUCAAUAAUUAUGCCUAUGAUACUUUAGGCGCAGACGAUAUGAGUGACUAAAGAAAAAUCUCCCCUCCAUCCAUUGUGACCUCGUACAAAAGAGCUGUUUCAGUGCGUAGUUUUUGUGUACAUAUUAUAAUAAAUUUUAGCAUUCUCUUUUUC